GUGUAAACAAGGAGUURAAGCUAUUGGAAUGCAAAAUAGGACUAUCAUUUCUGACCACUACAUCACAGMCAGCAAACACAAAGACACCGCAAAACAUGCAAGACUGAAUGAUCCUAAAGGCUGGAAAAUGACCUGUACCCCAAAUGAACCAUGUAGCGGACAAUGGUUGCAAGUCAAUGUGGGAAAGAUUUCAAAGAUAAUUGCUAUUGCCACACAAGGCGCUUACAGCACAUACACAAAGACUUACACUCUGUCCUACAGCAAUGACAGCAUUUUCACUACAUACACCCAGAUCUUUGAAGGGAACGCAGACUGUAAUACAACUGUUCAUAACGACCUUAUACCGGCCAUUACAGCAAGAUAUGUACGAGUUUMUCCUACGGAGGACAAUGACAAUUCAGGUGUCAUAGCGUUGAGAAUGGAGCUUUACGAAUGCAAAGAAUAUCAAGGAAUGUGUUCAUAUGCUCUUGGGAUGCAAAGCAGAAUGAUUACAAACAGCCAGCUCAAUGCUUCGUCUUCAGACGUCUUGAACCGAGGAGAACAUUUACCAUCAAAUGCAAGACUGAAUCAUGAAGGCAGCGCAUGGAUGCCUGAGAUUGAUGACACAACUAACCCAUGGCUUCAGAUCGAUUUACUCCAAGUUAAAAAGAUUAAUGGCAUUGCCACGCAGGGAUUCCGAAUAGAAUGUGUGAAAGAAUACAAUCUUCAAUACAGAAAUACCACUAUCGAAACCUUCAAUGAUUAUUCUACUGAAGACCUUGAGCCCAUGACAUUCUCUGGAAAUUAUGACACCACGAGCAUCGUAUACAAUGCCCUCAAUCCUCCAAUAGUCGCMCAGAUAGUUCGUAUUAGACCAACUGCAUGGGACCAAAGAAUCGCUAUGAGGAUUGAGUUGUAUGGUUGCCCAUAUAAGGGGUUCUUCCACKAAUUAAAAUAACAUACAGUCAGGACCGAGAGGCGGUCUCAUCAGUGGACUUGGGCAAGGCACAACUAAUUUAAAAUGAUCACCUACCUUUAGUAMAAAGAAACUGUCAAAUGGACAAAAGACUAUGCCAUUUUGACGUAUCAGUUUUUCUGAUUAGUUUGCUACAUCUCUAGAGUUUUUUCUUCAUUAUCGGUAGAUUCCAUCCCAAUGACUGCACUAGUCCAGCGAUUUUGUCAUCUAGGAUUAUAUUUCGUGCACAAUCAUAUUUCGAAUAGUUACUUUCUAGAAUCUUUUCAACAUUUUUCAAGAUAYACUAAGGCAUACUUAUAUAUAKCUAUGAACCUUCAMGACCUGAUAAUCAUGCUCUGUGCAACUAGUUAAUGCCAUUAAAUAUAAUGCAAGAGAAUAAGAGACAUCAUA